CUCAUAGGUGGGAGGACUAUACAUGUACACAAUGCAUAACUGCAGAGCUUCACAGUUUAGUAGCCUAUAGAAACAGUCCUCCUCACAUGCUUCAACAUUAGAAUGAUAUGCUAGAGCAGGUAAUGUGGAUCAAUACAUAAGUAAAACCAUGAAGACCAGCUGGUAUUUGAUUUGGAUAUUCAUUCUCACACUGAUGAUCAGCACUGCCCGUCAGGAGGUGAUGUACAUAAAGAGGUCAGAGGGGCAGUCAGUGGAUCUCUCCUGUACACCUGAGCAGACAGGUGGAGCCCCUGUCAGUCUCUACCUGACCCACAGGUGUGUCCGGCCUGAGAGGGAGGUGCUGUUCAUAGCCAAGGACCGGAGUUCCGGGACGGUGAGGGUUAACCGGCUGUACAAAGAUCGUCUGAAGGUCACAGGCGGAUUGAACUCUGACCUGCUCAACGUGACCAUAGCCCACCUACAGCGCACAGACACAGGCCUGUACAUCUGUGAGUUUGUCUACACAGCUGACCCCUCUGACCGAACAUUCUCCGGCAGUCUGGAAUUCUUCCUGUUUGUUGAAGGGACAGAGAGUGUGUGUCAGUGCUCCAGCUACCCCCCACUGAUCUACACCAUCUCUGCAGCAGCUGGCCUGCUUCUCCUCAUCCUCAUCUGGCUGCGUGCAGCGGAGUGUGCUAAGCUGAGAAAACGUCAUAAAACACAAGCCCCCAACCCCAUCUAUGAGGAAAUGAACAGUGGGUGUCGAGGAGCUGGAAGUGCCCAAAAUAACCAUCCUGUGCCUACACACCUGGAGGAAACAGAGUCCCCUGUGUACGCCAACCCCCAGGCCAGACAAGCACAGGAGAACCACUACGCCAGCCCCCGACAGAUCACUCUGAAGCCCUGAGCGAACCACGCUGAGGGUGCGUGACAUGUCCCCCUAAUGUUUUUUAAAAGGGGAGUGGACACUGAUGGCAAAAAUAAGAGUACAGGAGCUUCAGAUGGAAAUAUAAAUGUUCUAACCCACUCUGACAGGUGGUGGGAAAGAGUUUCUAACUCUACCGGAUCUGAUGUCAUUGCUUUUUCAAGUGUGUGCAAGAUCGUAAGCAACGGUCAACUAUUGGUCCCACCUCACCUUUCUUUUCUACAGUGUCAAGGAGUCACCCAACUAUGGUUGCUCAACAAACCCACCUACAGGAUGAGAAUGGAAGACUUACAGAGCUAGUACAUAGGUCACUGUGCCUGUAUAGGUGUACUAGUGGUGAUGCCCUUAAUGCACAGCUGCCCUCAGAACAGGAUCUAAUAGGGAAAACUCCAAUCUGUAAACUAAUUGACAAACACCAACAUCAAGAACUGACCACAACACCCUUCAACAGCCAAGAAAAAACUGCAAUUUUAUUAAUAGUUUGAAAGAAGCUCCAUAGUUCAUGAAAACAUUGUUUUCGGUGCAUGUCAUUUAACAAUCACAUUCUAUGAGGAGAAAGAGAUACAUUGAGAAAAUCAAUCAUUACAAGCCACUGACUUAUUCUUUAAAUCUCAGUACAGACAUUUUUCCUUAAUAUUUCAAAAACAAAAAAGGCAAAAAGCAGCCCUAACCCCAAAUCCCCGUCCCACCCAUCAUCCCAACAAAAACUAAAUAACUGAACGAAAUGACAGAAUAUACAGAUAGCCUUGGGGGUGACGGGCACAGUGCUAAAGAGUAAGACGCUCAUUGGUUUAGGAAUACACAGUAUAGCCAUGUAGCACAAGGUCAAUCUGAAUACACAGUAUAGCCAUGUAGCACAAGGUCAAUCUGAAUACACAGCAUAGCCAUGUAGCACAAGGUCAAUCUGAAUACACAGCAUAGCCAUGUAGCACAAGGUCAAUCUGAAUACACAGCAUAGCCAUGUAGCACAAGGUCAAUCUCAAUACACAGCGUAGCCAUGUAGCGCGAGGUCAAUCUGAAUACACAGCGUAGCCAUGUAGCGGUAGAUCAAUCUGAAUACACAGCAUAGCCAUGUAGCGGUAGGUCAAUCUGAAUACACAGCGUAGCCAUGUAGCGCGAGGUCAAUCUGAAUACACAGCGUAGCCAUGUGGCGCGAGGUCAAUCUGAAUACACAGCGUAGCCAUGUAGCGCGAGGUCAAUCUGAAUACACAGCGUAGCCAUGUAGCGCGAGGUCAAUCUGAAUACACAGCAUAGCCAUGUAGCGGUAGGUCAAUCUGAAUACACAGCGUAGCCAUGUAGCGCGAGGUCAAUCUGAAUUAAGGAAGCCGGAUGUUGGGGUCUUGGGGGGGGGGGUAGGUAUGAUCUGCUCAUAUGAGCACCUACCCCCAACCAAAUAAAAAGAGUGGAUCCCGAAACCCCUGC